AUGGCGGAAGCCAAACUAAGUGAAAAACUCUCGAAUGAGGGGUAAGGAAAACAGCACAUCUGACAAACUUGUGAUCAUCCGUCUGUUCUGGGGUGGCAGCUUUGACGUUGACACUCCCAAAAACGUCGAAGAGCCGCUUGUUCGACAGUGGACGCCUCAACAGCUUAUGCGGACACUGUUGAGAGGCAUGAGCGCGAAAAUGGAAGGCGUGAAGACAGGCGAAAGGAUUCAGUGGUGCGUAGCAAAAUCACCAAAGGUCUAUAUAUAGGGCAAGAAACAACCAACUUUUCCACAUCUCCCAUUCACACAGGUGGGAAAGCUACUUUUUCUUCCCCAUUCUCUGCUGCUGGGCCAUUGUCGUCUGGAGCUUUUUUGGAUUUAUCGUUUUCCAGCUGGCAAGGGCUGGCACAGGUAGAAGAGGUGAUCAAUGUGUAUCGUUUGUAUUUUCAUUGAGUGACUCUCGCGGCCUACAGAGUGUCCAAGGUGAGCGGGUACGAGCAUUGUAUCCUCAAGACGUAUCCACCAUUUGGCCCUCGGCGAAGCCAAGUCAACAAAAGCAAAAGAGGAGUACUGCCUCUGCCAUGCAACUGGUAAGAUGAUUCGAGCCACUCACUCACAUGCGAUUCCCUAACCAUGCACUGUGUCUCCGUCCGCGUCUGUGUCUGCAGUCGUUAUUACUCCGGCGACCGCACCGAGCAGCUGAUAUCGAACGAGGCCUUUUCCCGAGGCUUCGAGAUAUACACAACGAUACAGGGGGCUCAUCUCACAUUUGAGGGGGCACCCGCUUUAGUUAACGCUCUGAAGACGGGAAAUGUCAAGAACGUGGACCGCAUUCCCCCAUCGAUUGGCAAUCAGCGAUUCAUGUACAGCAAGCUGUAAUUAUCGAUUUGUGCAUACGUCUGUCUAAAACUCUUUCUGUUUCAUCGCUCUGCAGGAGGUUCUUUGGGCUCACAUGGACUCAGCUGACGUCAAUUCCGGAGGAGGUCUGCCUGUUGUCCAAUUUGAUUUACCUCGCCAUCAUUUGGUCCAACCUUGAAACCUUUCCGGACUGCCUUUGGGAUAUGCCGAAGUUGCUGAAUGCCGAUUUUGGCUACGGGAGAAUAGCCGCGCUGCCCAAGUCUCUGACUAGGUCAAAACUUCAGCAUCUCAGCCUCAGAGGAAAUCCAGUACGCGAGGCAUUGAACAACUUUCAGAUACAUCCUCUCGUGCUCAUUCAAUACAGAUAUGCCACAACGGCUGGAUGGAGACGACCGGUUUACCCACUGAUUUCUUCGGAAGGCUCAAUUCCAAGCCCUGCGGAGAUGUCAACUCUUUUGGCAUCAGCUCUUAUGUCGACGAAGAACCUAGACACGAGUGCGUUUCUGCAUGCCGCAUGGUCACUGAUUGGUUUGGUGCCCUCGACCAAGACCAAAAUGGCAUACUGUGAGCGCCGGCAAUGGACGCCGCUUGUGUCUCAUUAUUUAUCGGAUCCAUUAUGUGCGUACGCAUCAGGUGUUGGGACGAAGUUGGCGUGAUGCUGCAAAGUGGGAUUCACCUGUGUCAUGCAUAUGAAUGCUCAUACAUGCCUCUUCAUGCAAUGCAUGCAGGGACUUCGCUGACCUACGAACUGUUUUUGAAGCUCUUGGGGACACAUCAGCCCUACUUUCCGUUACAAUGCGCUACCUUCUAUACGAUUGGGAAGUGGUACGCCUCAUCGACUCUGUGUCACUCAGAUGCUUCUAUGUGUGUGGAUCGGCUCUCAGGUUGACCGGCGGUAAAAGCGACUGUCUCGAGUGCCCCUAUGCAGUCCUUCCGCCACUUCUCCCCAUGCCGCAUGGAUGA